AUGACCAUAGAUGAACCUGUUAAAGAAUAUAAAGUUUUAACUAGGAAAAAGAACUCGGAAACAGCCUUAAAUAUACUCAAAAGACUUACGUCACAAGUAAAGCCGAUACUUGUAAAGAGAUCUUGGACCAUUAAGCAUCUAUGUGAAUUCUUUCCUACCAAUCCAAAUCUACUAGUUAAUGUUAACAGUGGCUGGAAGAUCAACCUAAGACUCAGACCACAUUUUGACGAUACACAGUUUUUAGAAUACGAAGAUAUUCUGGGCACUUUACUUCAUGAAAUAGCGCAUAUCGUCAGAGGACCGCACGAUGCACAGUUUUAUAAGCUAUUGGAAGAACUAAAAACAGAGACGGAGAUGUUGAUGGCAUCAGGCUAUCAUGGCGAAGGAUUUUAUUCCAAGGGCCAUAGACUAGGCACAUCUUCUUCUUUACCUUCCAACCUUCGUAUUGCAGCUGCAGCAGCGGCAGAGAAACGACAAAGGCUCAGCAAGUUGAUGUUACCUACUGGUGGAGUUCGUUUAGGUGGCAUUGGUGAUGAUAGCAAUAUAUCACCGUCUCAAUUGGCUGCAAUGGCGGCUCAAAGAAGACUUCAAGACAAGUUGUGGUGCGGUGGGAGUCAAACGAUUGUUAUUGAAAGUAGUGAUGAUGAAGAAAAUGUGACAAAGGAUAGACGAAACAAACGAAGACUUGAAACAGAUCAUGGUGACGACAGAAAUCAGAAAAAGGGUUGUGUUACACCACACGAGAAGGAUGCCUGGAUUUGUUCUGCUUGUACAUUUCGGAACCAGCCCCUCGUUUUGGUAUGUGAGGUUUGUCUGUUUCAAAGACCUACUGCAUCAGAUUCUGAUCACUGGAUGUGUCCUCAAUGUACACUAAUUAAUGAAAGAAAGCGACAAACAUGUACUGCUUGUGAUUUUAUUAAAGGAACAUCUGUACAGUCAUAG